GGUAAAGAGAUGACCCUUGCUGAGGAACGAGAGCUGGAAACCGUGAAAGAAGGUCUGACCUACGUUAAAGGAGACCACCACACAGAUGAACCCCAUUGGCAUGCUAGCUACCCCUGGGUGCGUGAUCCAGCAUCCUUACCUGGAAACAGGAAAGCAGUUGAAGCCACAUUCCUCCAAACAGAGAAACAAUUGAGCAAAGAGCCUGGGUGGAAAACUGCCUACACUGAGCAAGUCUAUGAUAUGCUUGAUCGGAGAGCUGCAAUCAAGCUUACCCAGGAAGAAAUCACUGGGUGGGAGGGUCCAGUAUGGUACAUCAGCCAUCUCAUCGCCCCAACCCCACAUUCAGUGACGACUCCCAUCCGACUGGUCUGGAACAGCAGUCAGAAGUUCCAAGGGGUAAGCAUGAAUGACUUGUUGAUGAAAGGUCCCGAUGUCUUAAAUCAAAUCCGUGCUGUCCUUUUGAGGUUCAGAGAAGGAACUUAUGCUGCACUUGGAGAUAUAAGAAAAAUGUACAACUCCGUCUGGCUAGAAGAGAAAGAGCUACAUCUACAUAGGUUUCUAUGGCGUGACUCAGAGAAUGAGGAGAUUGGAGACUAUGCAAUUACAAGAGUCAACAUUGGUGAUAAGCCAGCAGGAUGCAUAGCGCAGUUGGCAAUGAGGGAAACUGCCAACUUACCCCCUUUCUCUCACCUUCAGGAGGAACGGAAAGUCCUUCAGUUCAGCAGUUAUGUUGAUGACAUUUUUGUGUCCCAUAAUAACCCAGUUCGAUUGAGGGAAAUCACAGCUAAUGUGAAAAUGAUCCUGAAAGCUGGAGGGUUUGAACUGAAGCCCUGGGUAUAUUCCGGUCAAAGUGGGAGGAGUGAGUACACUGGCAAGCAAGUCAAGUCAGAGGUGAGAACUAUAAUCCUCCCAAACCAAAUGAAAGAGGAAGAAAACAAAGCACUUGGGCUGGGAUAUAUUGCAGAAGAUGACAAUCUUCAUGUGAUGGUCAGCAUCAAUUUUUCAAAAAGAAAGAAAAAAUUGAGAUUGGGGAAAAAUCUUACUCAAAGUGAAAUCAGAGAUCAGACGCCAAACCCACUGACACGGCGGGAGCUUCUCAGCCAAAUAUCAGGCCUGUAUGACCCAAUCGGCUUGGUAGCGCCCGCAAAGCAGAACGGAGCGAUUCUGGUGCGGAGAGCAUUCCAGGAGGCAAGACUCACCAGUAAUCAGGUUAAAGAUACCUGGGAUUUAGCACUCUCUGAUAAUCUCAGAGAGGAUGCAAUUAGGCUGUUUGAAGAAUAUACUCAGCUCAAUAAGAUUCAGUAUGACAGAGCUUUAACCCCCUUGCAUUUCAGCGGUGAUCCAACAGCCAUAACCUUCUCGGAUGGUAGCGAGCAUGCCUAUGGAGCUGUUCUGUACUUGAGGUGGGAGUCAGAUCGGAGCCCAAUCAUAAAGCUGGUGGAGUUAAAAGCCAAGCUGACCCCUUUGGACCAAAAAGGUGAUGCUGUCAAGGCGGAGGUUUGUGGUGCAGUAUUCGCGUCCCGCCUUAAAAAGUACUUUGAGCUGCACAGUCAAAUUAAAAUUCAUCAAUGGUAUCAUCUGAUCGAUAGCCAAACAGUCCUUGGAGCUACACAGCGAGAAAGCUAUGGUUUUCAAGGCGGUCGGCGGGACCCAUCCAGAACUUUUUGAGGGGAUAACCAUGACUGCUUGUUAUGGAAUGGACAUAUUGUUGUUGUUUAAGAAGUGCUACUGCCACCUAGUGGUAACUAAGCAGAAUGUUCCCUUUUUUUGUAGAGGAAGUGGUCUACAGGAAGUAGUGUGUUCUUUUAGCUGCUGAAGUGACAGCAUUUGUAAUCUGAUGACAAUCUUUGCAAUCCUGGUGUUAAAGUCCACAAUAUCGGCUUCAUCCUUUUACAGAAAAAGAGAGAGAAUUUAUUUUCAUCAUUAAAUCCUGCCAAACACAACAAGCGGCCUGUUUCUUGGAGGAGGAAGUGCUGGGAAUAAAGGAAUGUUAAGCUAGCUGUAUAACUGAAAUUGCGUUGCCUGCAACAAACUUUAGUGAGGACAGCAUAGUAAAAGGAUGACCACGCAACGUGGAAGUUAAGAGUGAAGGAUUGUUAGUCUGCAUCACACUAUGGAGGUCACAAGCGCCUCAGCACAAGCCUUAAAUGAAGAUAGAGCUGAAGGCUCACGAGAUGAAGUUGAAUCGGGGUCUAUUUAUUCACGCCACAGCUCAAAGAGGUUACGCUCUUCACGCUCGACAACAAGCUCCAGAGUAAGCUAUGAAGCAGCC